AUGCACGCUGUCCAAAGGGUAGCUGGACUCAACUUCACUCAAUGUCUAAUUGACAUCGUGACGAAUGCGAACGCUACACAAAAUUUAGCUGGUUUACUCGAUGGCAACGGAAAUCCCAUAUCUAAUGUGUCUGAUGCGACAGCGAUAAGCUACUCGCUGUGCACCUCAGUCUGUGGGACCGGACGGGAACCUUUUCAGUGGCCCGUAUUUUCGCAAGAUUUCAGCACAUGGUUACUGCCAAACCUUGCACUGAUCUCGCAGCUCCCCUUUGGGGCACAGUACAGGCUCGACAAUCUCAUGUCUGCUGUGUUAACUGUCGGGUCACCGGUACUCGCUGGUUACUCUUUAUUCAUCACCCUCCUCAAUUCUCGCUGGAUCACCCGCCGAUUUAAUCAAUCGGUGGACUAUCCCAAUUCAGAUUUCGCAGUCUCUAUCUUGAGCAGCCUUCAGCAAGUUCCGCUAAGACUCCAUCCCGGUCGUUUCCCCUCUCUUAUCGUCCUGCCUGAAAAUGGCUGCUGGUGGAAAUGGUUCUCUGAAUUUGUGGACUACACACACACAUGGUCAAUUGCGUCCGCGACGUCCGUCGCCUGGGUCGUUAUCGCCUAUAUCAUGAAUGUAAUCAACUCACCAGCGGACGUUUACACAAGUUCUCAUUCCGACGGCGACGCCACUGGUUCACUGUGGCUGUGGUUGAUCCCAAUAGUCGUUGGAUGGUUGCAACUCUCCCCCAAAUGUGAUUUUCGUCGCUUACAAGCGGCUUAUAGCCAUGCAGACCAGCAUGCACACAUAGGGCCAGCAGGUGCUUAUAUGGGAACGUCAAGUGCAUCCGCCCGAAGAGCUUUAACAAUAACUGCUCGGGAGAAGGAUGUGAUGUCUCCAGACGAGCUCCUUACCCCUCCAGUGUUUAAUUACUCACGUUCGUUGCGAUGGGCAUCAACAGCUGACACUGUCUUCCUGAUGUUCGAGAUGGCAUCAGAGAAGGCUCAAAACUGCAUUCCCGUUACUUUGGGAAGUGAUUGGGUCGAGUCCGACACCUCUGAUACCAUCCACCCCAGCAAUCGACGUGGGUCACCCAGGAAUAUCGUCGCGUACUGCACCGAGCCCCACGGUGUACCUCGCAGCCAUUGGGCACCCGGUGUGUUCACAAGAAUGGCCAUCGCUUCGUGUGCUUCGCUUGUAUUACAGUGGGGAACAGUCGGGGCAGCGUUCAUGAUGGCAUGGUUCACCCCUACUACACGCAUGGGGUGUCGAUCUCUGAGUUACCUGCUGUUUGGAGUCACAUCGACCUUAAUUUGGAUGAUGCUCCUGAUGUCUAGUAUCCUCGCGCACUACUCCGCAGGUUAUUCCCAUCGAAGGGUACUGUCUGCACGCGUUGCUUUGGUGCUGUCGCACUGGCUGCGAUGGGCGGGCAAAGCAUUAGCAGUUGCAAACUCUAUAUGGCUGGUGUUGGCGUGCGCGUUCGUGUAUUCCAGCUUCUACAAUACAUGCUUCUGCAAUUCUAGCGUGGUCAGUAGGGGAGAGGCUGCAUACAAUGUGAUCAUUGAAACUGCAGCCCAAGCUGCACAGCUUAGGGUUGCCUGGAUCGGCGGUCUUAUCGUGGCAUGUACCUCAUCGUUAUUCUUCCUUGGUCUCAUGAACCUUUUAUUGGAUACAGUUCUGUCGUAG